AGUAGGCUAUGUUUCUGUCCAGCAUAUGGCUUGCCUCCCCAAAGAGGAAGACUGCUGAUUUGGUUUCUAAAUGAAGGAUCAUCAAUAGGUCCCUGGAGGGUCGGGAUAUAUGUCUGUGGACCAGCAGCCCAGCGGACCAGCGCUGCGGAUCUAUCAACCGCCCGCUCGGCUGUUUAAACACCGAUUUAAAUCCCCUCCGUUCAGCACCAACCGAAACAAACACGUGGAUUGCAAAGGGAUCCUUCCGAAUACGCACGGUGGAGCCCGUUUAAGCAGUGGAAACAACGGAAUUCUGACCACAAGAAACUGUUUAAAUAUAUGAGUUGUGUUUUUCGAGAAUAAACAACCGAGAAGUUUCCGCAGAUUUCAAAAUGAGUGACCUGGAGGAGGAUUUUUCCAAGAUUUUAAUGUCGAAGGAGGAGAGAAUACGAGACUUGGAGAUGCGUCUGGCGGACAGGGAGGAUGAGAUCCAAGAACUGAAGAGGAAACUGCACAAAUGUCAGUCCGUUUUGCCCAGCGCCCAACUUAUGGGACCGAGGACCAGGACUCGGGCGCAAGGCAUCUCGGCGGAGCCUCAAAACUACCAAGACCUGUCGAGGCAAGCCUUUCAGAAAUAUGACAAGUCCGACUGGUCCAAAGACCUGAUCAAGGAGGCCAUCUUGGACAAUGACUUCAUGAAGAACCUGGAGCUGUCUCAGAUCCAGGAGAUCGUGGACUGCAUGUACCCUGUGGAGUAUGCCAAAGACAGCUGCAUCAUCAAGGAGGGCGAUGUGGGCUCACUGGUCUACGUCAUGGAAGAUGGUAGGGUGGAGGUGACAAAGGAGAGUGUGAAGCUGUGCACAAUGGGACCUGGGAAGGUGUUUGGAGAGCUGGCCAUCCUCUACAACUGUACUAGGACAGCAACCAUCAAGACUCUCACCAAUGUGAAGUUAUGGGCCAUCGACCGACAAUGCUUUCAGACUAUUAUGAUGAGGACGGGCCUAAUCAAGCACACUGAAUACAUGGAGUUUUUAAAAAGCGUUCCGACGUUCCAUGAACUUCCGGAGGAGAUUCUAAGCAAGCUAGCUGAUGUCCUUGAAGAGACACACUAUGAGAAUGGAGAGUACAUCAUCAGACAGGGAGCCACAGGAGACACCUUCUUUAUCAUCAGUAAGGGAAUGGUGAAUGUGACCAGGGAAGACAAGUCCAACGGGGAUCCUGUCUACCUCCGCAGCAUGGGGAAAGGAGACUGGUUUGGAGAGAAGGCCCUGCAGGGCGAGGACAUCAGGACAGCAAACGUCAUCGCUGCAGAGACCGUGACAUGUCUGGUCAUUGACAGAGACUCGUUCAAGCACCUGAUUGGAGGGUUGGAGGAGGUGUCCAGUAAAGGCUGUGAGGAUGCUGAGGUCAAGGCGAGGUACGAAGCAGAGAAUUCUUUCUUCUCCAACCUCAAUCUGGUUGACUUCAACAUCAUCGACACACUGGGGGUUGGUGGCUUUGGCCGUGUAGAGCUGGUUCAGCUGAAAAGUGAUGAGGUGAAGACGUUUGCCAUGAAGAUCCUGAAGAAGCGUCACAUUGUGGACACGCGGCAGCAAGAGCAUAUCCGCUCUGAGAAACUCAUCAUGCAGGAGGCCCACUCUGACUUCAUUGUCAGACUGUACAGGACGUUUAAGGACAGUAAGUACCUCUACAUGCUGAUGGAGGCUUGUCUGGGAGGAGAGCUGUGGACCAUUCUUAGAGACCGGGGUUCGUUUGAGGAUUCAACCACAAGGUUCUACACAGCGUGUGUGGUGGAAGCAUUCGCCUACCUACAUUCCAAAGGCAUCAUCUACAGAGACCUUAAACCAGAGAACCUUAUACUGGACCACAAGGGCUAUGCCAAGCUAGUGGACUUUGGCUUUGCCAAGAAGAUCGAGUUUGGGAAGAAAACGUGGACGUUCUGUGGAACACCAGAAUACGUUGCACCAGAGAUCAUUCUGAACAAAGGCCAUGACAUUUCAGCUGACUACUGGUCUCUAGGAAUCCUCAUGUUUGAGCUCCUCACCGGCAGUCCUCCCUUCUCUGGCCCUGAUCCCAUGAAGACAUAUAACAUCAUCUUGAGAGGCAUUGACAUGAUCGAAUUUCCAAAGAAGAUCACCAAAAACGCUGCCAACUUAAUAAAAAAACUAUGCAGGGACAAUCCUUCGGAAAGACUAGGAAACUUGAAAAACGGUGUCAAAGACAUCCAAAAGCACAAAUGGUUUGAGGGCUUUAACUGGGAAGGUCUCAGAAAAGGAACGCUGACACCCCCUAUCAUCCCUAAUGUGAUAUCACCAAUGGACACGAGUAACUUUGACAACUUCCCAGAGGACAAGGAAGACCCACCCCCAGAUGACAAUUCUGGCUGGGACAACGAUUUUUAAAAUGUCACCCCCACCACCAAAACCAAAUUAUCUUAUGUCAUUGGCCUGGACACCGACUUCAGGAUAUAGCUGAAUUCUAAAGACUGUGGAGAGUGGAGAGAGGGGAAGUGGAGAGGGGAGUAGAGGAAGAGGACAAAAAAACGCCCUGGGUCAGCAAUAUGUCUUUGCUACAUGUGGCUCUGGCACUAGCAUGUAAUGACCAUAGUACUUUCUCAGGGUUCUCACACAUAUGCACAUGCAAGCAAAUACACAAACACACACACACAUGUGCACACACCUUACACACCUUACACACACACACACACACACACACACACACACACACACACACACACACACACACACACACACACACACACACACACACACACACACACACACACACACACACACACACACACACACACACACACACACACACACACACACACAUACCAGACCAAACUCACACAGAAACACACGAGGCAAGUCCUGGAGCUAAAACAAUGCCUAUUUAUUUAGCAGAGAGGGUGUGUGAGAAUGAGAGUAUGUACAAUAUACAUCCCAAAAUAAAGGGAACACCAACAUAAAGUGUCUUAAUAGGGUGUUGGUCUACAACAAGCCAGAACAGCUUCAAUGCACCUUGGCAUUGAUUCCACAAGUGUCUGUUGGAGGGAUGUGACAUCAUUCUUCUACGAAAAAUUCCAUAAUAUGGGGUUUAGUUGAUGGUGGUGGAAAAUGCUCCAGAAUCUCACAUAAGUGUUCAAUUGCGUUGAGAUCUGGUGACUGAGACAACCAUGUCCCGAGUGGCGCAGCGGUCUAAGGCACUGCAUCUCAGUGCUAGAGGUGUCACUACAGUCACCCGGGUUAGAAUCCAGGCUGUAUCACACCUGGACGUGAUUUGAGUCCCAUAGGGCGGUGCACAAUUGGCCGAGCGUCGUCCGUGUUUGGCCGGUGUAGGCCAUCAUUGUAAAUAAGAAUUUGUUCUUAACUGACUUGCCUAGCUAAAUAAAAAUAAAUAAAUAUAGUUUACAUAAUUUUCAUGCUUAUCAAACCAGUCAAUGACCACUCACCACCCCUGUGGAUGGGGGCAUUGUCAUCCUAUGGGGGCAUAGCCAUGGUCUGCAAAAUAAUGUCCUCCCCAGCAUUUAUAUACAUGACCCUAAGCAUGACGGGAUUUUAAUUGCUUAAUUAUCUCAGGGACCACACCUGUGUGGAAGCACCUGGUUUCAAUAUACUUUGCAUCCUUCAUUUAUUCAAGUGUUCCCAUUAUUUUGUCAGUAACUUGUAUAUGAGAGUAUGUGAGUGUAAGAACACUACAAGAACCUUUAAAACAAGUCAAAUUUAGUAUAGGGUGGAAGAUUAGUUUUCUGUUGCUGCCACGUAGCUGCACUGCUCCUAAAAGGUUGGACAGACAGACGAGCUGGGCAGGCUGGGUCCAUGUUUGGAAGGCUUUCUCUCUGCACCCUGUUUUCUCUAAAGACUCCUAUUACGGUAGCUGGUCCACAAGGUUUGGCUUACCUACAGUACAACACUGGUAUGUGGGCCUCCUCAAUAGGGAAACAGGAUCUUACCACUGAGUCUGACAAGUCAAACAGGUACCAAGUGCUCAUGAUGAACCUGAAUGUUACUGUUCUUAAUAUUACUUUUAGACACAGACAGAGUAUAGUGCCUUGCAGAAGUUUUCAUCCCCCUGGCGUUAUUCCUAUUUUGUUGCAUUACAACCUGUGGAUUUAUAUUUGGAUUUCAUGUAAUGGACCUACACAAAAUAGUCUAAAUCGGUGAACUGAAAUGAAAAAAAUUACUUGUUUAAAAAAAUUAAAAAUUAAAAAUGGAAAAGUGGUGCAUGCAUAUGUAUUCACCCCCUUUCCUAUGAAUCCCCUAACUUCAGAGGUCACAUAAUUAGUUAAAUAAAGUCCACCUGUGUGCAAUCUAAUCUAUAUACACCUGUUCUGAAAGGCCCCAGAUUCCACAACACCAGUAAACAAGGGGCCCCACCAAGCAAGUGGCACCAUGAAGACCAAGGAUCUCUCCAAACAGGUCAGGGACAAAGUACAGUACAGAUCAGGGUUGGUUUAUAAAAAAACAUCAGAAUCUUUGAACAUCCCGCGGAGCACCAUUAAAUCCAUUAUUCAUAUAUGGAAAGAUUAUGGCACCACAACAAACCAGUCAAGAGAGGGCCACCCACCAAAACUCACGGAACAAGCAAUGAGGGAAUUAAUCAGAGAGGCAACAAAGAGACCAAAGAUAACCCUGCUGCAAAGCUCCAAAUCGGAGAUUGGAGUAUCUGUCCGUAGGACCACUUCAAGAUGUACACUCCACAGAGCUGGGCUGUACGGAAGAGUGGCCAGAAACAAUCCAUUGCUUAAAGAAGAAAAUAAGCAAACACGUUUGGUGUUUGCCAAAAGGCAUGUGGGAGACUCUCCAAACAUAUGGAAGAAGGUACUCUGGUCAGAUGAGACAAAAUUUAGCUUUUUGGCCAUCAAGUAAAACAUUAUGUCUGGCGCAAACCCAACACCUCUCAUCACCCCGAGAACACCAUCUCCACAGUGAAGCAUGGUGGUGGCAGCAUCAUGCUGUGGGGAUGUUUUUCAUCAGCAGGGACUGGUAAACUUGUCAGAAUUGAAGGAAUGAUGGAUGGCGCUAAAUACAGGGACAUUUUUGAGGGGAAACCUGUAUCAGUCUUCCAGAGAUUUGAGACUGGGACGGAGGUUCACCUUCCACCAUGACAAUGACCCUAAGUAUACUCCUAAAGCAACACUCAAGUGGUUUAAGGGGAAACAUUUAAAUGUCUUGGAAUGGCCUAGUCAAAGCCCAGACCUCAAUCCAAUUGAGAAUAUGUGGUAUGGCUUAAAGAUUGCUGUACACCAGUGGAAGCCAUCCAACUUUAAGCAGCUGGAGCAGUUUUGCAUUGAAGAAUGGGCAAUAAUCUAAGUGGCUAGAUGUGCCAAGCUCUAUAGAGACAUACCCCAGGACUUGCAGCUGUAAUCACUGCAAAAGAUGGAUCUACAAUUUAUUGACUUUGGGGGAGGGUGAAAAGUUAUGUGUAACGGAUGUGAAACGGCUAGCUUAGUUAGCGGUGUGCGCUAAAUAGCGUUUCAAUCGGUUACGUCACUUGCUCUGAGACCUUGAAGUAGUAAUUCCCCUUGCUCUGCAAGGGCCGCGGCUUUUGUGGAGCGAUGGGUAACGAUGCUUCGAGGGUGACUGUUGUCGUUGUGUGCAGAAGGUCCCUGGUUCGCGCCCGGGUAUGGGCGAGGGGACGGUUUAAAAUUAUACUGUUACAUAUGCACGCUCAAGUUUUCCAUUUUUUUGUCUUAUUUAUUGUUUGUUUCACAAUAAAAAAUAUUUCGCGUCUGCGAAGUGGUAGGCAUUUGUGUAAAUUUGUGUAACUUUGUGCAUUUGUGUAAAUCAAAUGAUACAAACUCCCCCAAAAUCAAUUUUAUUUCCAGGUUGUAAGGCAACAAAAUAGGAAAAAUGCCAAGGGGAGUGAAUACUUUCGCAAGCCAGUGUAUAUGUACAUAUUAUAUGAAGUUACAAUCUCACACAUACACAGCUGCUACACCCAUCUACUUUACUCAUUCAUGUACAAUGUAUAUAACAGCUACUGUACUUACCUUAAAAAAACACUAUUUCUGUUCUGUGUUUCUGAUAGAAAAAUUGUGACCUUUCACAUAUUAAUUCUUCAUUUCUUGAAAGCAAUUUGUAAUUACGCAGUUAUGAACUAAUUUAACCAACAACAAUAACUAAGAUACUCAGAUCAACUUUUAUUUCACAGGCAUAGGACAAAUAGUUAAUAAAGAUGUAAUUUAAACGUCCACUACAUUUGUUUUAGGCUUAGCUACACAUCAACCUUAUGUAUGGCAAAUGUCUGACAUCCUCAUCCUCUGAGUUGCUCUGUCAUCAUGUAGCUGCUAACCAAUCAAUAUAAAUACCAUCCCUUCAAUUGGGUAAGUCAUAUUUUCACUCCACAAUAGUUUAAUUUACCACUUUUAAUGGGGUUUUAAUGCCUUCAGUGCUGUCGUUUCUACUGUACUGUAAAUAUAGGUGCUGUAUUAAAUAUGAAUGG